GACGAAGACGCAGAUCAGCCGUGGAUCUGAAACGCGCAACAAGUAACUCGGCACUUCCGACGUCGGGAUAAUGUAAGGGUUGAAAUCUCAUCCGAGAAAUUAGAUAUCUCUGUCAUCAUCAUCAUCCUUGAUGAUGAAAGGAGACACGAACGGUUCGGCGUCUCUGAUAGACGAUAUCCCGCCGGAUAUUGCAGAGAAGAUCUCCACGUAUCUGUCCGGCGGACGCGAGGACUUCGACGAGUUCCAAACUCCUAUCAUCCGUUCCUCAUUCGAGGAUUACAUGCAUUUUAUCAUCUUUAUGUACUCUUUGCUGAUCGUAUGCGGAGUCCUGACGAAUCUCGCGCUGCUUUUUCACGUGGUCUACAGGAAGCUCUACAAGGAUGAAACUUACGUCUUCUUCAUCAACAACGCGCUCAGUGACAUCGUGAAAUGCGUCUGUGUGAUUCCCAUCUCGUUGUACGUCCUUCUCGUGGAGAACUGGAUGCUCGGCGAGGUCCUUUGCUCCGUCAUACCUAUGAUCCAAAAAUCUUCAAUUUCAUAAAAAAAAUAUGAAUCCCCAGAAAAGUAAUACUCCAAUCUACCCCCAACUGGUGGGAGGACCUAGCCUAGUUAACUGUGGAGAUACUAAAGGUAUAUGGUAUUUGAGCGCAACUUACCAAGGAAGGUCUCUUCUUGGAGACCACAGUUUGCACACAUGAGAACCAGUAUCGCCACUUUGAACAGAAACCCGGAACGAAGACGCCUUAUAUUUUAAAUGAAUACA